AUGACACUUUCAGAACAACCUCAGAUCCGACACCUUCGAACCGCCCCACCCCACGCCGACAGGAGGCUGGCUACGGCGCUGGUGUAUAGAGACGCACCAGGAGAUUCAAGACUCGCAACACAGGAAGCAGCGGCUGCAGGGGGACGAAACCUGCGGACUGUUCAGAAUGCAGCCACCUCACUUUGCGUGGCUCGCCUGAACGUCGUGUGGUCAGCCCUCGGUUCUGGUCGAUCCCCUCGCUGUGUCCGGCUGAGCGCUACCUAUGGCGUGCUUGCAGUGCUUGUGUGCUUUAGUGAGGCUGGAGAGGAGUCGGCAGACAAGCAGUUCUCAGAUUUACCUGGACCCACAUUCCGUCCUCUGGCCCCGUUUCCCUCGGUUCAUCAGGUUCCGUUAGCCGUUCUGCUGGCAUGGGUGGCCGCCCAUCGGGAGUCCCUCUCCAUCCAGUGUGAGGUGUUGUUAAUGGUUGGUCUUCCUGGUUCUGGGAAGAGCCACUGGGCCAGGACUCACAUGAAGCAGCAUCCAGAGAAGCAGUACAGACUGUUGGGCACAGAGGAGCUGCUCGCAUGUAUGAUUAGUGGUGGACAGAGGGACAGCAGGCUGCAGCAGGCCUCUCAGUGUCUAACUGAUUUGAUCAAAAUGGCUGCUCAGACUCCUGGCAACUAUAUCCUUGAUCAGUGCAACAUCCUCUUCUCUGCACGCCGUUACAAGCUGCAGCUGUUUACAGGCUUCAGGCGCAAAGUGGUGGUGGUCUUUCCCUCAGCGGACGAGUGGAAAAGACGACUGUCUCUGCACCAGACGAGUGACGGAGAGCAGAUCCCCGAGACCGCCCUGCUUAAACUCCAAGUGAGCUGCAGUCUUCCGGAGCAGCAGAGCGACCUGCUGGAGGAGCUGCAGUAUGUCGGGCUGCCUCGGGAUCAGGCACAGACGCUCCUGCAGGAGUAUAAAGAGGAGGCUCGCAGACUUCUGCCCCCCAUAGCCAAACAGGACAAAAAGAAACCCAGGUUUUACAAGAAAAGACCACACCCCCACGGCCCUCCACCCUCACAUAGGAUGCAGUGGACUGGACUUCAUGGGUGGAACAACGGCAGACUCAACAUGCAGCCAUGGAGGCAGCAACCAAGAUAUUGGAACAUGGCGUAUCAGGACCAGAGCUACUACAGAGACUUUGGUUAUGAAGGUUACUGAUGAAGACACCUGGAGCAAGAAGAGACCGGUGCUGCUGCACUAUCUGCGUUUACAAGGACAAUAAUUCUACUGAUGUCACUUAAUUUUGUUGCACUCGCUGCUUUGGUCAAUCAGAGAUAAUCAGUGUUGUAAUAUUUAAUCAUUUAACAAUGGAAACCAGGUUACUUUUUAGGAUUUUUAUUCAAAAUAGAUUUUUAAAUUCGAUCAUGUUUUUACUGCACAGUGUACAAAUAAUAUAAAAAAAUACAGUAUUUUGCACAGUUCUAACACUAGUAUUGGUCAGAGAGUGCUUAAAGUCAAACAGUAAUAAAUCCCUGAACUUUUA